GUCACUCAAUCCCCCACUCCGCAUCACUGGAACCAAGAUGGCGACGGAGGGGGCUUACGAGUCCAUCCUGUGCGUAAAGCCAGAUGUCAACGUGUAUCGCAUCCCCCCGCGGGCCACAAACCGAGGCUACAGAGCGGCCGACUGGAAGCUGGACAGCCCUGAUUGGUCGGGGCGGUUGAGGAUCACGGCCAAGGGGAACGAGGCGUACAUCAAGCUGGAGGACAAGGUCUCCGGGGAGCUGUUCGCCCAGGCGCCCGUGCAGGAGUUCCCUGGCAUCACCGUGGAAACCGUCAGCGACUCCAGCCGCUACUUUGUGCUGCGAAUUCAAGACGAAAAUGGUCGCAGUGCCUUCAUCGGGGUGGGGUUCGGGGAUCGCGGCGACGCCUUCGACUUCAACGUGGCGUUGCAGGACCAAUUCAAGGGGCUGAAGCAGGAGGAGGAGCUGAGCAGGAAGGCCCAGAGUGGAGACCCCGGCCCCAAGCUGGACCUGGGGUUCAAGGAGGGCCAGACCAUCACCCUGAACAUCGGGCAAGGCAAGAAGAGGAACAAGCCCCGCCCCCUGAGCUCUGGUGGGUUUGGGCUCCUCCCACCUCCCCCGGGAGGAAAGAUUGUCCCGCCUCCUUCCCCUGGAAUAUCCAAUCACAACACAAUUCCAGAGACGGGAGGCUCUGUAACAGGGUGUCUUGGAUCUAGACAGCAGUAACUGCAACACGGUGGUCCAGUUUGGCUCGGACCUCGGGGGAGGCUUCUCUGUAGCUUCCAGGUGGGGCUCCCUCUCUCUAAAUCACUGGUUCUCAUAAAGAACGUCUCCAAUGCUAACAUGCCAAUGAAACAUGCUAACAUAUUAAAACAACAUGCUAACACAAACUGUUAAAUGAACCGGCUGAAACAACAUGGCAACGCAACAUGCUAACACAACAUACUAACAUGGUACACUAACAUGCUAUAACAACCUGUAAACGCAACAUGCUAUCUUUGUUCAGCUCCCUGGCCUCAGCUCCUCCACCCGGGACUCCUCCACCUCCACGGACUGGAUUCAGUUCUGAACCACUCCACACCUCCUUCACCUCGCUCCACCCCUCUCCUCGAGGACAUUAGGUCGCCUCCUCCUCCUUCCCCUCCACCCAAACCGACCACAGAGUUCUGCAACCUUCUGCCCCUCCAUCCUAAACUACAGAAAAAGGUUCUAAAACUACAGAGGAAUGUUCUAACACUACAGAUGAAUGUUCCAGAAGCUCAGAAGAAUGUUCCUGAACCAGAAGAGAUAAAGCUCAGGGUUCUCCAGAGUUCUGGCCUGAAGGAGACGAGGCUAGGACAACAUCUAAGGGCUAGAGAGUACUGUGUGUGUGUGUGUGUGUGUGUGUGUGUGUGUGUGUGUGUGUGUGUGUGUGUGUGUGUGUGUGUGUGUGUGUGUGUGUGUGUGUGUGUGUGUGUGUGUGUGAGAUGAAUCUAAUGCUUGAUGCUAUCUUUUAAUAUUUUGGUCACUCAAGUGUGUUAUGAAUACGAUUUUGAAAUGUUUAUUAUAAGGUCUGGUAAUGUUUCUCUGAUGAGCUACAUGUGUAAAGCUGAAAUUAUCCGUCCCAAUAUAAUAAAUAUCCAUUUAAACAUGGGGGCCUCCUCAUUCGAAGAUGAUAUCAGAAACAAACAGGGUUUUCACUUUGAAUUGUUACUUUCACUUUAAUUAAUUAUUUAAUAAUUCAUGUUUUGAGCUGUUGUUACAAAACCUUCUUAAUGUUUCGAAUGCAAAGCAGUUUGAGCAAUGCAACUCAGGUGCAUUAUUAUAAAAAUAAAUCAUUGAAGGACCACUAGAGUCUGUGUAGCCCUGGUCACACCCAGCGAAAGCUCCGUCUGAGGCUCAGGCACCCGACAGCUUCAGGGAGUAGAGCGGGUUGGAAGGUUACCAGAAGGUUGCUAGUUUGACCCCCAGCUCUUAAGCCCAGUUCAGACCAAAGAUACACCUUGCAACGAGACGGUUUUAGAACGUCGCAGGGGCGGUGUGAACGGGUCGUUGCAAGGAGUCGCAAGGAGUUGGAAGGACGGAGUCGCCAGAGAUUGAACGUGUCAAAUCGCACGGUCCAGUUUUAGAACGCGGCCAUUUAGCUAUUUCUCUUCAGCCAAUCACAGCACAAAACAACUUGUACGUCAGAGCCUUACUAGAGUUAAGACCAUAAAUUGGUCGCGUUUCCAAAAAAUAUGACGCCUUUACAUCCAGUUAUUCAAAACCGAAUGUUGUGUUUCCCUCCACUGCUAACCCUAACCCUCCUUAUUAUUUUUUAUUAUUUUAAGACUGCCACCAUUUCAGUCUCACUAACAUAAUUAUUAUUAAUGUUGUCCCCCAAUCAGCGUGAUUGGCCAGGUGUCCCCCAAUCAGUGUGAUUGAUGAGGCCAGGUGUCCCCCAAUCAGCGUGAUUGGGGGACACCUGGCCGAAAGCCGAGGAGGCAAUAUAAAAGGACUGACAUUUGGACAGCACGGCACGGGAGCAAGGAAGAAGGUAGCGCUCUGGUCGGAGAGAGCCUAGAGGCCCACGGAGGCCCUAGAGACCGCGUUUACUUCGUGUUUGAUUUAAGUUGUAUGUAAUAAAUGCCUUGGAUGGCUUAUCCCGCACACAAACGUGUCAUUUAUCCUUGGAACCCGGCCCAAUCGAGUACCUGGUUACCACAAUAUAUAUAUGUAUACAUAUAUCUUUAUCCCUAGUGAUUGUAGUUUUUAGCUGUGUUUUUACCUUUGUUUUU